AAACGAUAUCACAAUCACAAAGAAUCAAGAUAUCUUCCAUCAUUUUUCUGAAGCCAUUCUCAUUUCCCUCCAUCUCGUGUCCAUCGAUUUUUUUUUCUUUUUUUUCUCUUAAUUUUGAUAUAGAUCUCUCUCUUAGUGUCUAGAUCUCCGUGUUUGGCAUGAGUAGCUACGACAUCAACCCCUUUGCCGAAGACGAGGUUAAUCCUUUCGCUGAUGGAACUGCUAAAGGAAAAGCAUCGGGGCAAUCAAAUCAUGGUGGUGGUGCAGCAUCAAAGCUUUCACCCCUGUCUCCUGAGCCUUAUGAUUGUGCAGCAACUGUUGACAUUCCUCUUGAUUCCUCAAAGGACCUCAAAGCCAAGGAGAAGGAGCUCCAAGCUAGAGAGGCUGAAUUGAAAAGAAGGGAACAGGAGCUAAAACGAAGGGAAGAUGCUAUAGCACGAGCUGGAAUUGUUAUAGAGGAGAAAAAUUGGCCACCUUUUUGCCCCAUCAUUCAUCACGACAUUGCAAAUGAAAUACCUAUACAUCUUCAAUCAAUCCAGUAUGUAGCAUUUACAACAUGGUUAGGUUUGGUUGUAUGUCUUUUAUGGAAUAUUGCAGCAGUUACUGUAGCUUGGAUCAAAGGAGAAGGUCUUUCAAUCUGGUUCCUAUCUAUCAUAUACUUUAUUUCCGGUGUUCCAGCAUCCUAUGUGAUGUGGUAUCGCCCUCUUUAUCGUGCGACAAGGACGGAUAGUGCUCUAAGGUUUAGCUGGUUUUUCUUGUCUUACGGAGUGCACAUUCUCUUUUGUGUUUUUGCUACAAUUGCUCCUCCAAUUGUCUUCAAAGGGAAAUCUCUCACAGGUAUUCUGCCUGCGUUUGAGGUAUUGGACUACAAUGGAUUGGUUGGGAUACUCUACUUUAUUGGGUUUGGUUUUUUCUGCAUUGAAUCACUGCUGAGCAUUUGGGUUAUUCAGCAAGUAUACAUGUACUUCCGGGGCAGUGGAAAGGCUGCAGCGAUGAGGCGUGAAGCUGCGCAAGGGGCCAUGAGGGCAGCUCUAUGACAAGGCGAUGAAAUGUGUAAAAUGGCACUUGCAAAUGUCUUAACAAUUGUUACACCAAAAAUAUAGAUGUUUUACUCUAUAUAGGUUUGGCCAUGGAAUUCAGUUAAACUAGAUGGUUAAGACAAACCCUAGUUGUGUGCAUACAUAGGGCUACAUUAUUUGAGAAUUGAGAUACUCCCUUGAUGUAUGCAUGACUUGUUUCAUAGAAUACUUACAAUGUUUGAUAUUAACAAGUAUGGUUCAUAAAAA